AUGAGACUCCUCGAUGUGACGACCCUCCAGAUGGCGGACUUUUUCGGAGUCGAUGUACCGAGAUAUGCCAUCCUGUCUCAUACUUGGGGUAGGGAGGAAGUCUCGUACCAGGAUAUGUUGCAGGGCCGCCACUCUCAAGUUCUCGGAAAGAAGGGCGCCAGCAAGAUCCAGGCGGCGUGCCUACGUGCCAGGCGGGACGAUCUGCAUUACGUAUGGAUUGACACCUGCUGCAUUGACAAAACAAGCAGUGCGGAGCUUUCAGAAGCUAUCAACUCCAUGUUCGCGUGGUACAAGCGAGCGACCGUCUGUUACGCCUACCUGGAUGAUGUCAAUGCCGACCUCAAUCAAUACGCGCACAUUCAAGUUGAUACCGCGCCAACACCAAAAGAACUCGAUCAGAUCAUUGAGUCUGAUUUUGCCCGCAGUAGAUGGUUCACUAGAGGGUGGACGCUGCAGGAAUUAAUUGCUCCCCAGAAUUUGAAGUUUUAUGGUGCAGAUUGGAAGUACAUUGGUGAAAAGAAGUCCAUGGCAGGUAUAUUGAGUCAUAUAACAGGCGUCGAGGAAAGGAUUCUCGCAGGACGCAUGCAGUUAAACCGGGUCAGUGUGGCACAAAAACUUUCGUGGGCCUCGAGUAGAGUGACUACACGUGUGGAGGAUAUGUCCUAUUGUUUGCUCGGCAUCUUCGACAUUAACAUGCCUCUUCUCUAUGGUGAGGGCAGCAGGGCGUUUGAGAGAUUCCAAGAGGAAAUUGCGCGUACGACGAAUGACCAAUCGCUAUUCGCAUGGGAGACAACCGGCUACGAUCACGGAAGCCUGCUUGCGCCGGAUAUCAGCUGCUUUUCUCGAGCAGGCAAAAUCAUAACUUGGGACAGAUUGGAAGAUUCCGGGCCAUUCGCUUUCACCAAUUCUGGGCUCGAAAUCCGUCUACCAUCGCUUUCGGUUGGCACUGAUCCCACCAAACGUUCGGCGAUAUUAGCCUGUCCAUCGGCCAGAAUCUUCCGCAUUGCCUCACAGUCACAUCGCCUCGCCGUUGUCGAUAUCAAGGCUGCUGAGAAGGCAGAGUUAAGGGAUGUUUUCAUUUUACGGAUGCCAUCCUCUACCGUGGAAGAAGGCUUCUCAACAUCACAAGAAAGUGUAAAGAUUUGGGUUCGUCUCGAAGUUGAUAAUAACGCUACAACAGCCCCAGAAUUUGAAGUUGUUGACUCAUUCCCGCCUCAAUUUUGGAAUAGGGAAACGUUGACGUUUUGGAUGCGGAAAGAAAACAGGGUUCAAGGCGCUGUUCAUCUACUCAGCAAGGAUGGCGAUGAAUUUGUCAUCGCAGUUGGUUUCACACGAACCAAAACCAGGUUCUCCAUCUCCUCAUUUUCCUCCCAAUGGGUCCAUAUCAUGCCAGUAGACGAACGACUGACUUUGGAGCAAUUAUGUCAUCAAGCCAGCAUCGUUCAGUUUGGUGUGGAUACAGCAACCACGUCUCAUUUCGAGCAGGCACAGUGGACAGUGGAAGCGGCAAUCAAUCUGAGCACCAUCAUGGGCGAAGUGGUUUUUGUGGCCGAUGUCAACGUUUCUCAGAGGUAA